GUUCGCGGUCACUGGCCUAAGAGCUGAGAGUGCGAGUGCGGGGUUAAUGGGUGAUGUUUACGCUGCACCUGGGGGGCCGGUGCCUGGAACAAGCCCUGUGACAGAGUCGGAACUUUCAGCUCCGCCCCCAACCUCCAGGGGAGGGAGCUCACUGGCUGGUGGUCGAUGAUUGCACCAAUCAUGGCUCUGUGCUGAAGCCUCCGUGCAAACCCCAAAGGACAGGGUUCGAGAGCUCUCCAAGAAGCACCUGCCGGCUCCCCUGGCCAUCAGCUAAUGCCGAAAAGCCACAAGUUUGGGCAGCAGCCGAGGCACAACCUGCUUCCCUCCCCGUCCUCUCCAAAGGCAGAAAUGAGUUUCUUCCCGCAGCAGCCAUCGCCAUUCGGCGCCCCAGGAGGACAAAUUAGGCUUCCCCACAACAUGAUGGGUUCUCCCCAACUGGGAGAGAAGAACCCAGGCUUCCUCACCAAGAACUUCAACUUGAUGACAUUGAACCCUCAGAUGCCAGGAGAAACCAGGAGCCCUGAGAAGACAAAGGGGCUCGAGAACAACCUGUACACCCAGUACGAGGAGAAGGUGCGCCCCUGCAUCGACCUCAUCGACUCCCUGAGGGCCCUGGGCGUGGAGCAGGACCUGGCCCUGCCCGCCAUCGCCGUCAUCGGGGACCAGAGCUCGGGCAAGAGCUCCGUGCUGGAGGCGCUGUCGGGCGUCGCCCUUCCCAGAGGCAGCGGAAUCGUGACCAGAUGUCCGCUGGUGCUGAAGCUGAAGAAGCAGGUGGCGGGAGAGUCCCUGUGGACGGGGAAGAUCAGCUACCGGAGCACCGAGCUCCGGCUCCAGGACCCCUCCCAGGUGGAGAGGGAAAUAUACAAAGCCCAGAACACCAUAGCUGGGAAUGGAGUUGGCAUCAGCCACGAGCUCAUCAAUCUGGAGAUCACCUCCCCCGAGGUUCCGGAUCUGACCCUCAUUGAUCUUCCUGGCAUCGCCAGGGUGGCUGUGGGAAACCAGCCCCAGGACAUCGGACUGCAGAUCAAGGCACUCAUUAAGAAGUACAUCCAGAGGCAGCAGACCAUCAACUUGGUGGUGGUCCCCUGUAACGUGGACAUCGCCACCACAGAGGCGCUGAGCAUGGCUCACGAGGUGGACCCCGAAGGAGACAGGACCAUAGGGAUCCUGACCAAACCGGACCUGGUGGACAAGGGCGCCGAAAAAAAUGUGGUGAACGUGGCGCAGAACCUCACGUACCGCCUCAAGAAGGGCUACAUGAUAGUCAAGUGCCGGGGCCAGCAGGAGAUCACCGACAAGCUGAGCCUGGCGGAGGCCACCAAGAAAGAAACGAUGUUCUUCCAGACGCACCCGUAUUUCAGAGUCCUCCUGGAGGAAGGCAAGGCCACGGUGCCCCGCCUGGCGGAAAGACUCACCACCGAGCUCAUCUGGCACAUCAACAAAUCACUCCCGCUGUUAGAAAAUCAGAUCAGGGAGAGCCACCUGAGCGCCACGGAGGAGCUGCGCCAGUGCGGGGAGCACAUCCCCAACACCGACGCCGACAAAAUGUUCUUUCUGGUCGAGAAAAUUAAAGUGUUUAAUCGGAACAUUGAAAGGUUAGUAGAUGGAGAAGAAGUUGUGAAGGAAAAAGAGACCCGCUUAUACAACAAACUCAGGGAGGAGUUUAAAAACUGGGUCCUCGUACUUGCAGCCAAUUCCCAAAAAGUUAAAAAUAUUAUCCAUGAAGAAGUCUCAAAAUAUGAAAACCAGUACCGGGGCAAGGAACUUCUUGGGUUUAUCAACUACAAGACAUUCGAGACCAUCGUGCAGCAGUACAUCCAGCAGCUGGUGGAGCCCGCCCUGAGCAUGCUCCAGAAGACUGUGGAAACCGUCCGGCAAACGUUCAUUGACACGGCCAAAACACAUUUUGGCGAAUUUUCCAACCUUAACCAAACAGCCCGGAGCAAGAUUGAAGACAUAAAAACCAAGCAGGCAGAGGCGGCCGCGAACAUGAUCCACCUGCAGUUCAGGAUGGAGCAGCUCGUUUACUGCCAAGACCAGAUUUACAGCGAGAUUCUGCAAAGAAUUCGGGAGCAGGUUUUUAACACGGACGGAAGCGUGUCACAGGCUCCUUCCCUGAAACUGUCUGCUCCCAAUAACCCGUCUUCUGUGUCCUCCAUCACUGAGAUCGGGAUGCACCUGAACGCAUACUUCUUGGAGACCAGCAAGCGGCUCGCCAACCAGAUCCCAUUCAUAAUCCAGUAUUUUAUGCUCCAAGAGAAUGGCGAUUACUUGCAGAAAGCCAUGAUGCAGAUACUGCAGGAAAAGGAUCAGUAUUCCUGGCUGCUCCAGGAGCAGAGCGAAACCGCCCUCAAGAGGAAAUUCCUUAAGGAGAAGAUUUACCGGCUCACCCAGGCGCGGCGCGCUCUCUAUAAAUUCUCCUCUUAAAGGGGGCAGAUAGAUGGGAGGCCAAUCAUACUUGGGAGUUUUAUCUCCUGUGCAUUCAUUGGAAGGGGAUGUGGUGCAGGGCGUGGCUUCUGGUUCGGGGUCCGCCUUUCCCCUUGCUGUCUGUCCAUCUUCGCUGAACUGCCCCAGAGUUUAGAUCUGAAGUCUACACUUGCUGAGAGCUGUCACCUGCACCUGCGUGAACAGAUGUCUCUCCAGUCCCUGACCCCAUUGCCUCCAGCUACAGCUUUCUUAGCUACUGCUGUCACUCCUUGUUCCUUUGUCUCUCCCCACCCAUCAGAUUAGGAGAGCCCCCGAGAGGAAAAGUCAGUAUUAUAUCAUUCUUCCGUAUUUCCAGAAUCUUGCAUGGCACCUGGCACACAGUAGCCACUCAAUAAAUGCUAUCUCAUUGCACAAAGGAAUGAUGGAGAUUACCUGAGGCCAUGGCUGGAAUCAGACUUUGCUUAUUGGGGAUGGUGUCCCUUAGCUGGUCACUUUCAGAUGAAUUGGGUCAUGCCACCUGCUGUGAUCACAUUUCCCAGCUCCCCCUGGGAGAGAAGGACCUGAACAAUAGAUACUAUGAUUAAUUAUAUUGUUUCCCUAGUUACAACAAGCUCCGGUUGCUACGUGUUAUUUUUUUUACUUUUUUAUUGAAUUUAUUGGGAUUACAUCUGUUACAUGUUAAAUCUUAAAGGGAAAUUUAAUAAUAAAAACAUUUUAAAGAAAAGCUAUAGAGCUUCACACAGUGGUCAUCUCUAGGUUGGAGGAAUGUGGCUAUUUUAUUUUCUUCUUCCAGUUAAGCGAUCCCCACCUCAUAGGAAUUUUAGGAGGGUCAAGUGAAACCAUUUCUAUAAACUACCUGUCCCAGGAGCUUGGGUUAAGAAAUGUCAGCAAUUCUUCCCUCCAGCAAAGACCUCUUUUUUCCUUUAUUUCUAUGUUCACAGAGCAGCCCUCACUGCUAAAGCUCUUCCGCCUGCUCUUAUGUUUAGUUCUCUGAUACUUUUUGAGCCAGUUGCUGUAGAUAAGUCCAUUUUCAUUCUUGGGCAUGUGGAUGCUCAGUUUUCCCAGCCCCAGUGGUUGAAAAAACUGCCCUUUCCCUCACUGUCCCGGCAACUCGUCAAAAAGAAUCUGACCAUAUGUACGAAGGCUUAUUUCUGGGCUCUCUGUUCCAUUCCAUCGGUCCAUAUGUCUGUCUGCAUGCCAGCACCACAGCUUUGAUAACUGUAGCUUUGCAGUAUGUUUUGAAAUGAAGGAGUGUGAGCCUUUCGGCUUUGUUCGUCGUUCUCAGCAUUAUUUUGGUUAUUUGUAGUCCCUUAGGGUUCCAUAUGAAUUUUAGGAUGGGUUAUUUUUUUUUUUAUCUCUGCAGAAAAUGUCAUUGGGAUUUUAUAGGCAUUGCAUUAAAUCCACAGAUCACUUUGGAUAGUAUUUGCAUUUUAACAAUAUUAAGUCUUCCAUUCCAUAAACACAGGAUGUCUUUCCACUCAUAUCUAUUUUAAUUUCUUGAAGCAAUGUUUUGUAGUUUUCAUUGUACAAGUCUUUCACUUCCUUGGUUAAGUUAGU